AUGAUUGAGUCGACUCUUUUUACUUGGGUUGAGCAUGUGGAAGUAGAAGAUAUGCUUCAUACACACCAAAUCUUUAAAGAUUUUGUUCGUAACUAUAAUUUAUAUGGAGCUGAAAGUUGGAUUAAGGAGCUUCAAAGAAUGUGCGAGAGAUCUUCUAGUUUUUAUGCUGAAACUAUACCCACUGAAGAAUCUAUAGGAGUGAUCCAAACAAUUGAAUGGAGGAGGAGUGUGAUGAAGUUUGCUCAUAGAAUGGUUAAGAUUUUCUAUGAAUGUUUAACAAAGGUUGGUCAAUUAGAAUUCCAAAAUUUGAAUCUUGGUAAUAGCAUUGGUGGGGUUAGAGUCUCUCUUCACCAAGCCAGCAUAGGCCACCCAAAUGGCAUAAUUGUUGUUGCUGCUACCACCCUUUGGCUCCCUCUGCCUGCUGAAUAUGUUUUUGAAUUCCUCAAAGACCCUAUGAAAAGAUAUCAGUGGGAUGUUAUGGCUUAUGCAAACCUAAUGUAUGAGAUCGACCACAUUUCAAAUGGACUCUAUCCUGCUUCCAUUUUUCAGUCAUAUUGGGUGAAGAGUGAAGACUCGAAAAACCUACACAUUCUUUCAACUGGAUUUGGAGUGUGUUCAAGUGAACAACCAAAUGCAAAUUUUGAAGCAUUUAAUAGUAUUGGAAGUAGCAGUGGUGGUGGUGUUGGAAGAGGAGGAGCUGACACAUUGUUAACUUUGGCCUACCAAAUUUUGACAUGUAGCCCAAAUGGAAUUGAUCAGCACCAAAACAUGAAAGCUUUUGCUACUUUCAACACCCUUCUGUCUACUAGUGUUCUAAAAGUAAAGAAUGCUCUCAUGAACUCUACUUAA